UAACUUUCAUCGAAAGCAUCUCACUGCGGUACAUGCAUUUGUUCUCUUUCAUCGAAAGCUGGAAUCUGCGAUUCAUGCACCGGUGAUGCUGAAUGCGUAAUGGAUACAUGCGAUUUUGCCUCACUGGGUGAUUUUGCUGCUCUCACCGAGUGAUGGGCGUGGUUUCCGGUUGUUCUUGCUACUUUUUCAGUUUCUGGUUUUUGUUUCUUAGAAAAUGAUUCUGUUUCUGGUUGCUCUUCUGUGCCACCUCCCUCCCCAUCACUGCCUGAGUUUUUCUUCACGAUCAGUUCCCCUGCUUCGCGUGAGUUUUUCUGCACGAACGGCAGGUGCGCACCUUCUAAUGCUAUGCAGCGGUAAAGAAGUCAUCAAAGGAGGAGAGGAAUCGAGCUCAAUGACUCAGCGACGGAUCCGGUGGUGGAGGUGAGGGCUCCGGACAGUUUGGUGGGUCUGGAGUGCUUGUUUAACAUAGUGAGGGCUCUUGGGAUGGGAUCUUGCCUGUCCAUAGGCGGCCGCAGCGCCGCACACGGAAAUGGUUACGUUCCGGCACCGUUGCCUCCCUCUUCCUCUGUGGGCAAGCGAAAGUCCUUUUCGAGGAAGAGACCUUCCUCGUCUUCUUUCCCCCUCUCGGAGAUGGAGAUGUCGUUGCAUAGAAUCCCUGAAAGAAUCUUCUUAAAUGGUUCCACGGAAGUCGCUUCUCUCUUCUCAAAGCAAGGCAAGAAAGGGAUCAAUCAGGAUGCAAUGAUUGUUUGGCAGAAUUUUUGCUCAAGGAAAGACACUAUAUUUUGUGGUGUGUUUGAUGGCCAUGGUCCAAAUGGCCAUAUGGUUGCAAAGAAAGUGAGAGACUGCCUUCCUUUAAAGUUGAAUGCCCAGAUGGAGCUAAAUAGCCUCGGCGAGGAUGGUUUCAACAACAGCAGUAGUGCAAUGGAUCACAGGAAGUUUGAAGAGACUUCAUUCACAUCAGUUUAUGAGAAAACAAAAACAUAUUUAGAGAGUGUGCACAAGGAAAACCAGACUGAUAUUUUGCUGAGACUGAAAGAUUCAUUUUUGAAAGCUUUCAAGGUUAUGGACAAGGAACUAAAGUUCCAUCCCAAUGCUGAAUGCUUAUGUAGUGGGACAACGGCUGUGACUGCCCUCAAGAAGGGGCAGGAUCUGGUUAUAGGAAAUGUUGGAGACUCAAGAGCUGUAUUGGGCACUAGAGACCAAGAUGGCUGUCUCAUUCCAGUUCAAUUGACAGUUGACCUAAAACCGAAUCUUCCAAGGGAAUCAGAGAGGAUCAUGCUGUGCAAAGGACGGGUUUUUGCUCUUCCAAGUGAACCUAAUGUUGCUCGAAUUUGGCUGCCUAAUAGUGACUCCCCUGGCCUUGCCAUGUCCCGCGCGUUUGGUGACUUUUGCCUUAAAGACUAUGGUCUGAUUUCUAUCCCUGAUGUUUCAUAUCGUCGAAUCACUGAGAAGGACGAAUUUGUGAUAUUGGCUACAGAUGGGGUCUGGGAUGUCCUCUCAAAUGAAGAAGUCGUUGACAUAGUGGCAUCAGCUCCACGUUCCAUUGCAGCUCGGGCUGUGGUUGAGUCGGCUGUUCGAAUGUGGAGGUUCAAGCACCCAACAGCUAAGGUUGAUGAUUGUGCUGUAGUUUGCCUCUUCCUUGGCUCAAGGUCGGAUGAGUCCUCUACUUCUUGUUCUAUGAGCAAGGAGUUGGCAAUCGAAUCAUCAGCACAAGUUAGUGGUGGCAAGAAAGAAGAUGAUACUGUUCAUGGAUCCUUCAAGAAACUACGUGAAAAUAAUGGAGGAUAGCAUUUGUUAAGCAACUUGAAUAACAGCUGGCAUAUUCCGCUUGUUAAGCCACACCCCUGUGUACAUAUUCAAGCUUCAGCUUUGAUCUUGUUGGAUGAAUUGAGCAGCUUCCCAAAUAAAUCUCAAGUAUUAAACAGAGAGGGUAAUUUCUUAAUUUUUUUUUUCUAUUUUCAAUAUUGUGUUACUUGAUUAGGGUUUAGGUCGUGAAUACUUUUACGAAAAGUGCCACAUGAUAUUUGCGGGGUGGUGAUGUGCAGAUUGGUUGUUCAAAUGGGGCUGUCUUUCCUUUUUUGGUUGGAGAGGCAGACAAAGUCAAUUUGUUUGUUCUGGUCAAGUUUCCCCUUCACUUCUGACUAUCUUGAUUCGAGGAUUUUUGUUGAUGAACAUUUGAAUUAUGUAAUUUACAAUCAACAUGAUUUGUCCUGCACAUUGAUGUUUAUAUAUCUAUGCGCAUUGAUGUCUGUGUGCUUUCA